AAGGAGGGGGGUGUCUGACAGCAAGCCUUUAUAUCAGGCAGCAGACUGGUUUUACAGGCUGGUUCUACAGGCUGCAGCGGAGCAGCAAACACAUCCACUUCUACAACUGCAAAGAAAACAAGGCCGGUAGAUCUUGAUCAGUGAUGUCGGCCAAAGCCAUUUCCGAGCAGACGGGGAAGGAGUUCCUCUACAAGUACAUCUGUACAUCAGCUCCAGUGCAGAAUAGGUUCCGCUACGCCAACGUGACAGCUGAAACUGACUUUCAGCGGCUGACGCAGGAGCAUCCAUGGCUGCUCACAGAGAGACUGGUGGUGAAGCCGGACCAGCUGAUUAAGAGGAGGGGGAAGCUGGGUCUGGUUGGCGUCAAUCUGGACCUGAAUGGGGUCAAAGAGUGGCUGAAGCCCCGCCUCAUGAAGGAAACGAUGGUGGGAAAAGCUAAAGGCAUACUUAAAAACUUCCUUAUUGAGCCAUUCGUCCCUCAUCAGCAGGAGGAAGAGUUCUACAUGUGCAUCUAUGCUUCUCGGGAGGGGGACUACGUGCUGUUUCACCAUGAGGGAGGGGUGGAUGUGGGAGAUGUGGACGCCAAGGCGCAGAAGCUUCUAAUUGGGGUUGAUGAAAAGAUCAGUGAAGACCAAGUGAAGAAAGAGCUGCUGACUAAGGCUCCCAAUGACAAGAAAGCGGUUCUUGCUAGUUUUAUUGUUGGACUCUUCCACUUUUAUGAGGACCUCUUCUUCACAUACCUGGAGAUCAACCCUCUUGUGGUGACUAAAGAUGGAGUGUAUGUGCUGGACAUGGCAGCGAAGAUUGAUGCAACUGCUGAUUACAUUUGCAAAUCCAAGUGGGGUGACGUGGAGUUCCCUCCCCCCUUCGGCAGGGAGGCUUACCCUGAGGAAGCGUACAUUGCUGAUCUGGAUGCAAAAAGCGGUGCCAGUCUCAAACUGACUCUGCUGAAUCCUCGUGGAAGAAUCUGGACCAUGGUGGCAGGAGGAGGUGCCUCAGUUGUGUACAGUGAUACAAUCUGUGACCUGGGGGGAGUGGACGAGCUGGCCAAUUACGGUGAGUAUUCAGGAGCACCCAGUGAACAGCAGACGUACGACUAUGCAAAGACCAUCCUGUCUCUGAUGACAAGAGAGAAGCACCCUAAUGGAAAGGUUUUGAUCAUUGGUGGAAGCAUUGCAAACUUCACAAACGUAGCGGCAACAUUUAAGGGAAUUGUUCGAGCUAUUAGAGACUAUCAGGCGCCACUGAAGGAGCAUGAGGUCACUAUUUUCGUUCGUCGUGGAGGCCCCAACUACCAGGAGGGUCUCAGGGUGAUGGGAGAAGUUGGGAAAACCACUGGGAUCCCAAUUCAUGUUUUUGGCACAGAAACCCACAUGACUGCUAUCGUUGGCAUGGCAUUGGGUCACCGCCCAAUUCCCAACCAGCCUCCUGUUGCUGCACACACAGCCAACUUCCUCCUCAAUUCCAGCAGCAGCACAUCGACUCCAUCCUCCAGGAGAAAGGUCCAUUCUGAAAACAAAGCUAAAGUUGAGGGCUCCCCUGCCAAGAAGGUGAAAACUGGAGCUCCUGUCGCCAAGGCCACUACUCUUUUCACCAAACACACAAAGGCUUUGGUGUGGGGUAUGCAGACUCGAGCGGUUCAGGGCAUGCUGGACUUUGACUAUGUCUGCUCCAGAGAUGAGCCAUCCGUCUCCGCUCUGAUCUACCCGUUCACUGGCGACCACAAACAGAAAUUCUACUGGGGCCAUAAAGAGAUCCUCAUCCCGGUGUAUAAAAACAUGAGUGAUGCUAUGAAGAAGCACCCGGAUGUGGAUGUUCUCAUUAGCUUUGCUUCUUUGCGCUCAGCCUUUGAAAGCACCAUGGAGACCAUGCAGUACCCUCAGAUUCGAACUAUUGCAAUUAUUGCCGAGGGAAUCCCGGAAGCACACACAAGGAAGAUCAUUAAAGCUGCAGAUGAGAAGGGGGUCACUGUCAUCGGCCCAGCUACAGUUGGAGGGAUAAAGCCGGGCUGCUUCAAGAUCGGCAACACUGGAGGCAUGCUGGACAAUAUCCUUGCCUCUAAGCUGUAUCGUCCAGGCAGCGUGGCCUAUGUGUCCCGCUCAGGCGGCAUGUCCAAUGAACUCAACAACAUCAUCUCCCGCACUACUGAUGGGGUUUAUGAGGGCGUGGCCAUUGGUGGGGACAGAUAUCCAGGCUCUGUGUUUACUGACCAUGUGCUGCGUUACCAAGUCACCCCAGGAGUUAAGAUGAUCGUUGUACUCGGGGAGAAGCCCAACCUGAUCUUGAAUGUGGAUGGUUUCAUUGGUGUGGCCUUUGUGGACUUGCUCAGAACUUGUGGAGGAUUUACGAGGGACUGUAUCGCCACCCCNCGCAAACCAGCUUCCUUUAUGACUAGUAUUUGUGAUGAAAGAGGCCAGGAGCUUCUCUAUGCUGGCAUGCCCAUCACUGAGGUCUUUAGGUCAGAAAUUGGCCUGGGAGGAACUCUGGGGCUGCUUUGGUUUCAGCGGAGACUCCCGAAGUACGCCUGCCAAUUUAUUGAGAUGUGCCUGAUGGUCACGGCGGAUCACGGCCCAGCUGUUUCUGGUGCACACAACACUAUUGUCUGUGCACGAGCUGGCAAAGAUUUAAUCUCCAGCCUCACCUCUGGCCUCUUCACCAUUGGGGACAGAUUUGGAGGAGCCCUGGACGCUGCUGCAAAGCAGUUCAGCCAUGCAUUUGAUAGCGGUAUGCUGCCCAUGGAGUUCGUCAACAAGAUGAAGAAGGAUGGAAAGCUGAUCAUGGGCAUUGGUCACAGAGUUAAGUCUAUAAACAAUCCUGACAUGAGGGUCCAGAUCUUAAAAGACUUUGUGAAGCAGAACUUUCCUUCCUCACAACUACUGGAUUAUGCUUUAGAAGUGGAGAAGAUAACCACCUCCAAAAAGCCCAACCUGAUCUUGAAUGUGGAUGGUUUCAUUGGUGUGGCCUUUGUGGACUUGCUCAGAACUUGUGGAGGAUUUACGAGGUAA